AUGUUUAGUAGGGCGGGUCGCUUGAGUGUCAAAACCAAGCGGUGGUUGUUUUUCCUUGGCUCAUCAUUGAUCUCUUGGAAAAGCAAGAAAGAAGAAACUGUAUCCAAGUCCAACACAGAAGCCGAUGCUAACCGUUUUUGGUCCCAAAUCUUUGGGGUUGCUUUUUCCAAUAAAUGCUGGUUACAUUUCUUUAUGUUAUUUGUACCAUUAACCGGUUUAUGGAUGAGUGCUCUUGGAGUAAUCGGCUUGGCCCUGAACUUACGUGCCUAUGACUUCGUUUCUCAGGAAAUUCGCGCAGCGGAAGAUCCGGAAUUUGAGACUUUCUACACCAAAAAUAUUCUAUUAAACGAUGGUAUUCGUGCAUGGAUGGCGGCUCAAGAUCAGCCUCAUGAAAACCUUAUAUUCCCUGAGGAUGUUCUACCAGGUGGAAACGCUCUUUAA